AUGGCGGAGGACGAGCCGAAGCCUUCGCAGCUCAGCAUGCCCUUAGUCCUGGACCGGGACCUGACCAGGCAGAUGCGGCUGCGCGUGGAGAGCCUGAAGCAGCGCGGGCAGAAGCGCCAGGAUGGCGAGAAGCUGCUGCGGCCGGCCGAGUCCGUGUACCGCAUUGACUUCAUCCAGCAGCACAGGCUGCAGUUUGAGCGCUGGGAUGUCAUGCUGGACCAGCCGGGCAAGGUCACCAUCACGGGCACCUCCCAGAACUGGACGCCCGACCUCACCAACCUCAUGACGCGGCAGCUGCUCGACCCCGCGGCCAUCUUCUGGCGCAAGGAGGACUCGGAAGCCAUGGACUGGAAUGAGGCCGACGCCUUGGAGUUCGGGGAGCGCCUGGCCGACCUGGCCAAGAUCCGCAAGGUCAUGUACUUCCUCAUCACCUUCAGCGAGGGCCUCGAGCCCACCAACCUCAAGGCUUCCGUGGUCUUUAACCAGCUCUGA